AUGUCAAUUGCAAGUAAUCUUGAUUAUGAAUUGUCUAAUGAAGUCGUCUUAGCUACGUUAGUAAGUCGGCGUGGGCAAAUAAAAUCUCUUACGAGGGUGUCCACGUUCGUCGAUCGAUUUGUUGAAUCAGUUUCUAAUGUUGCCGGGGCAGCAUCUAGGCUUGCUAUGCUCCCCAGCAUCAUGACCCAGUUCGAAGACGUUCAAGAAUCGUUCGACGGCGAUUAUGCAACAUGGCAACGGUUCUUAAAUUGUUUUAUGUCACGUGUCGGAGGGGACUCGUCCGUGUCGGAAUCGGACAAGUUUCACUAUCUUAGAUCGUGUUUACGUUGCUCGCCUUUGGAUUUAAUCGACGCACUGGAAAUCAAUGACACUUCAUACGAGGAAGCGAUUCGAGUGCUUAAGGAACGAACUUCGGGAGCUUUUAUCAAGUUCACCAAGCACAUUGAAGCUCUCCGCUCGCUAAAGCGUCCAGUUCAGCACUGGGAUGACUUAUUGAUCGGUAUAAUACGUAACAAAUUGGAUCUACGCAAAUUGGAACAAUGGGACUUAUCAAUCAAGGUAACUGAUGAAAUCACGUUUAAACGAUUUUCUGAUUUUUUAGAGUCUCGUGACAGUUCUUUGGAAUCGUAUGAGGGUCAAACAAAGGUUGAAAGUGAAAAUGCAGCUGGAAAAAAGAUUAAAAAACAAGCUUGCCUAUCAGUUCAAACCAACCGCUCAACAUGUGUCAUGUGUUCACAACAGCAUCGAUUGGAUUAUUGUUCUCGGUUUAAGGCGAUGAAGUUGCAAGAUCGUUAUGACUUUUUUGUUGCAUGGUCACCAUAUCAGGGGCAAAAACUCGUUUCCACAUGCUCAACGGGCGAUGCCGUUAUAAGCGCCGUAAUAGUUGACGAUAAGCAACCAACUACACCCACAGACACAGCUGGCGCGCCAACCGAUAUUAGCGCCACGGCGUUGCACAGUGUAUGUAACGUGAAGCAGGUGUUGGUGUCGACUGCAUUAAUUGUCGUUCAAGACAAGCAUGGCCGGAGAUUCCCUUGUCGUGCUGUGUUAGAUAACGGGUCACAGAUCAAUAUUAUGACCCAAAAAUUAUCAAACAAAUUGGGGCUGGAUGUCACACGCACCAUGUUGCCCAUCAGCGGAGUAGACAGCGUUAACACCAAAUCUUCACAAUGGGUGAAUGUUACAAUUAGUUCUUUUCAUUCUCAAUAUACAAAUGUUAUUGGUUGUCAUGUUCUUCCAGCCGUUACGUUUCCGUUACCAACCCAAUCCAUCAGUACAGAAAGGUGGGAUUUUCCGGAUGCAGUGAAGAAUUCUUUGGCGGAUCCUGGUUUUAACUGUACGGCUGAUGUAGAUUUAUUAUUGGGGGCUGAGAUAUAUUACGAGGUAGUUUGGUCACAACCAACGGUGAUGCCAGGAGGUUUGCCUUGGUUGUACAAUACUGCUCUUGGUUGGAUAAUCUCUGGCCCUAUACCAACGGAACAUAAUCACGGAGCUUCAAGUCAGGGAAUUUCCUGUUUUUUAACGACUGGUGCGGGGUUAGCUGUAAAGGGACCAAGGAGUUCUAAGUAUGAAGAUGAAGUGGCAUGCGAACAGCAUUUUCAAAAAACUCACAGUCGUCAAUCGGAUGGGCGAUUCAUUGUUUCAUUACCAUUUCGUGACGGUUCUGAGUCACUUGGGCGUUCCAUGGAAGCUGCAUUACAUCGGUUCUUAUCCUUGGAGCGAAAACUACAGCGUAAUCCAGAAUUGCAUACUGGAUAUUGUGAAUUUAUGAAUGAAUAUAUGAAGUUAGGUCACAUGUCGGUGAUCGACGAUCCUGUGGUGCAAACUGGACAGUAUUAUUAUCUACCUCACCAAGCUGUGUUUAAAGCAUCCAGUACUACGACAAAGAUGCGGGUAGUUUUUGAUGCCUCCAUGAAGACAUCUACAAACUUAUCACUCAACGAUGUUCUUCUGGCCGGUCCAGUUAUACAACCAGAACUGUUUGAUAUCGUUCUACGUUUUCGAUUACAUAUGAUAGUGAUUACUGCAGACGUUGCAAAGAUGUACCGUCAAGUGUUGAUCAGUGAAAACGACCGGAGCUUUCAACGAAUUUUAUGGCGAGAUUCCCCGGAUAAACCGUUAUUGUAUUUCGCUCUAAACACGGUCACUUAUGGUACGGCGUCAGCGUCAUUUCUUGCCACUCGUGUGUUAAAAGAAUCGAAAGCUCUAAUCGAAUUCUCAGAACAGCAUUCGGAAAUUAGUCAAUCUAUUUUGCAAAAUUUUUACCUGGAUGAUUACAUUAGUGGAGCGAAUAGUGAUAUAGAAGCUGAAUGA